CUGAGAGAGUUUGUGGACGUUUUCUGCAACAAAGAAGAUGAAACUCGGGAAAGGGCCCUCAAGAUACUGCUGACUGCAGUAGGGCGAGAGGUCCUCGACCUACUAGAAACAGCCAUCGGGCGAGAUAGUACUUCCAAGGUGGGGACCUAUCUUCUGGUUCUGAAUGAAGAGAAGUUCGUGACCCAGCCAGUAUAUCGUUAAGGGUUUCCGAAUUACAUCUUCCCUCACUACCAUCCUUGGCUCCUUUUCAAGGGGAAAAUAGUAUAGGCCAAGGAUGUUCUGAAGAAUGCAACUCCGCAGCCUCUAAUAUCGGAGCAUCACACGCCCGCCACAGGAGGCAUGGAUAGAUCGUCGUGGACUAGAUGAGCAUGGGUAUUUGGAGGUGGCAGAGUUUGUUGUCUGGAAGGGAUCAGUGGCGGAGCUGAAGCGGAAGGCAGCGGAACAAGGAGACGCAGACUCUUCAUCGUCCUGGGCUUCUACGUUCCUGCUCCUGUACCAACAGGUGUCCCUCCUGCUGCGUUCUCUCGGCAGGAGAGGGGGUCGUGGAACAGCAGCGUCAACUGGACUGGAACAACAUCAACUAUUAAGGCUCAGCUUUCAAUGGUCAUUGGGGUUGGUCACUGAGAUCCCUCUUGAGAGAACAGGGGAAAAUGAAGGAAAAGCAAAGGGAGAGGCAUGGGGCCCAUUUCUUUCAGAGUCAGUGACCAUUGAAUGCUGAGCUUUAAAACUAUAUCAACGUCCUCCACUCGUUAAGUCAACUGGACUGGAACAACAUCAACUAUAUCAACGUCCUCCACUCGUUAAUGUCGAAGACGAUUUGGAAGCAGCGCUGGAAGCAUUUCGGGAGCGGAAGGAGGAAGAAGGAGUGGAAUCUUGCAAGAUCCUCAACGGGGCGAUGGUUUCCUCCUUUCGACCGGGUUUCGAGCAGCGGUGGUGGGAAAAUCUGGGACAGUACGUACGCAAAAAUCAUAUUGACCUGUUGAAGGAUGAAGAGUCCCUUUUUGAUCAAGAUAGUGUGGAGCUGUUUCUCGUCGCACGAUGGGAAUAUGAGCCCGGCCUGACAGAUGCAGAGCUGCAACGACUACCACCGGACGCAGAGGAAGCAGUGUAUGACGAUUUGUGCUUCGACAUAGAGUUCUUCGGGGGCAUGAUGAAAGCCGACCUUCGUAGCACGCGGACCCCCAUGAUAGCGGAACAAGAAGAACAUGGUGCGCUACAACAUCCUGCGCCAGCAGGCGCCGGAGGAGCAUCAUCUUCUGCAUUUUUGGGUGAUGAGUACUAUCGCAGUACUGGG